GGAACCAGAACGAGGCGUGGAACGCGCACUUUCUUUACAGCCCCGGAGAAGAACCCUCGUUGCUAGGAGACCGUGACAUGGCGGCCUCCCGGGGCCUUGUAGUGUUCGGGGUGAACGCUCUGCGGGUUCGGACUUGCUUUCUGCAGGGUGGACGGCGAGGUCCGGUCCCUGCAGUUUCCUUCAGUUCGGCAGCUGGAUCUCAUGAAGAAAAGCUGAAGAGCAGACAGGCUGAGAUGAUGUCUCGUGGAUUGCCAAAGCAGAAGCCAAUACCCGGGGUUAAGCACGUCUUGAUGGUUGCAUCUGGCAAAGGAGGUGUGGGCAAAUCUACCACUGCAGUGAAUCUGGCGUUGGGAAUUGCAGCAAGCGAUCAUGUAAAAGCAGUGGGUCUGCUGGAUGCUGAUGUGUACGGACCAUCUAUUCCCCGAAUGAUGAAUCUAAAAGGAAAUCCAGAAGUGUCAGAUAGAAAUUUGAUGAUUCCUCUUGUCAACUAUGGAAUUCAAUGCAUGUCCAUGGGUUUCCUUGUGGAAGAGACUGCUCCCAUCGUAUGGAGAGGGUUGAUGGUCAUGUCGGCAAUUGAGCGGUUAAUAAGACAGCAGGUAGAUUGGGGGGAGCUGGAUUAUCUGGUUAUAGACAUGCCUCCUGGUACUGGAGAUGUGCAGCUGUCAAUCUCUCAGAACGUCCCAAUCUCAGGGGCUGUGAUAGUCUCGACUCCUCAGGAUAUUGCAUUGCUGGAUGCUCGCAGAGGGGCUGAAAUGUUUCAGAAAGUCAACGUGCCUGUGCUGGGUGUAGUGCAGAACAUGAGUGUCUUUCGUUGUCCAAAAUGUGACCAUGAGACCCAUAUAUUUGGAGCAGAUGGAGCAAGGCAACUUGCUGCUACUAUGGGACUUGAUAUUUUAGGUGAUAUCCCUUUGCAUAUCAAAAUAAGAGAAACCUGUGACUCAGGCACGCCGGUAGUUGUGUCUGAUCCGGAGAGCAAUGAGGCUAAGGCUUAUAUGGGUAUCGCACAACAAAUAAUAAGCAAGAUCUCCAAAUGAUGGUCAAAUGUCCCUAGAAAGGAAACUUUUGUAAAGGGAACAAUGAAAAAAAGAUUUGCCAGGCACCCGGCAGAUAAGAAGCCAUAGCAGGUGAAGGCCAGGACAGAAAAUACGUCUGCAAUGAAUACAAUGAAUAAGGGUGUGAGCGGCGAGCGUAUUUUUUUUUUUUUAUUGGACUUUUAUGAGUAAUGUAUUCCUGUACUUUGUGUCUCAUGGCUUAUUUACACUGUAUUUAUAUAUUCUUUUUAUAUGCACUUACCAUUUGGCCAAAGUAUAGUGUAUAAUAUGCUUAUUGUAAUUUUCUUCCCACAGGAACAUAUUCAAGGUUGGUUAAAUGCCUCUAUCUGUCCCAUGAAGAAUAUGUUGCCUCUUAGAAAAUAAUAGGUAAUAUCUGUUUUUCUAGGGCUGUGUCAUCAUGAAUUAGUGUUUUCUCAAGCAGGGUGCCUCCAGCUGUUGCAAAAUCAAAACUCCUAGCAUGCACAGACAGCCUUUCAGAUUUUAUAGGAGCCAUGAUAGAUAGAAACAAUCUUGAUACAGUACAAGAGUUGACUUGCAUUGGAUUUGUCAGUGUUUCAUUGUUCCUUAAAGGGAUUUUCUAAUAAUCAAAAGUUAUCCGCUAUCCACAGUAUAGGGGCUAACAAGCUGAUUGGUGCGGGGUCCAUCUGCUGCGACCGCUGAGCUCGGCAAUGUUCAGAACUCCCAUAGAGAUAAAGGAGCUCUGGCUGCACAUAUGCACUGCUCCUCCAUUCAUUUAGAGGGGAUCCCAGUGGAUAAACCCCCACUGAUCCCCAAGUUAUCCCCUAUUUUCUGAAUAAUUUUUGAUAAAGACAAUGUUUUCCAACCAGGGUGCCUCCAGCUGUUGCAAAACUACAACUCCUAGCAUGCCCAGCUGUCCGAGCAUGCUGGGAGAUGUAGUUUUGCAACAGGUGGCAGCACCCUGGUUUGGAAACAUUGGAUAAAUAGAAUACCCCUUUAACUAGAUAGGAAACCACAGUAUGUGGUCUCGAGUCACUUCGGCGCAACCAUAGAAAAUGAAUGGAGUGUGUGCUGUCUGUAGCACGGGUCUAGUGGUCGGACCCCCCGCGAUCAGACACUUAUCCCCUAACCUGUGGAUAGGAAAUAAGUUGCUUUUACUCUGGACCACCCCUUAAAUGGCAUUUUGGUCUCGGAUUCUGGCAAAAGAAUUAAGAUGCAAAAUGCGCAUCCGUGGCGGAACUUCCUUAACAAACAUUAUGCUGCGUGAACUGAGCAGUGGCUUCUCAUUGAAAGCAGCAGGAGGUUUCUGCAAGCUGAAUACGUGCUAAAUUUCCUUGAAUUGUCAACGUACCCGUACUCUCUUGGGCUUCCUUCACAUUGCCAUUCGGACACGGCAGUGUGAUGUCGCUUGGGGAAGCCAGGGAGAAUAGCAGGAGGAAAAAUACAUUGUGCAACGUUUUUCCCUCCCGCUACUCCCGUCAAAAAACAGCGGCACCUGACGGACCCCAUAAUAGUAAAUGGGAUCUGUUGGGACCCGUUGUUCCCUGUCAAAAAGAACAUCCGUUAAGGCACCAAAGAAAAAAAAAGUGUCUUACGGAAGUUCUCAGACGGGGCACAACGUGAGUGUAAAAGGGGCCUUAGACCAAUGGUGACCUGACGAAAGAGAACAUGUCCUUAGAACACCGAUACGUGUGGUCAUUUCUAAUUCUUCGUAGUCAUUUAUAGCAGUACGUGAUGCCUUUGUGAAUAAUAUAAGAACUUUAAUGAGAAAGGGAUGCACAGAUCUUCAAAUACGCAUUAGUACAGCUUUGCGCAGAAUUUGGCUCUAAGACCGUAAUCUAUGUUAAAAGCUUUGUACAGUAAAUUGAAAGUGACAGAAAACUGUUAAGCCAAAGUCCAUUAAAGCAUUAACAAAGUUAGCGUUAAGGCUUGAAAAGAAACUAGAUUCACAUUGACGUUAAGAGUUAUUGAAAAUGAUUCAGGGUUUGGCCGUGGCAUGAAUACUUUAAGGAAGGAGUGUGUGUACUCUGCCCUGUGGUCAGACAGAUACAUCUAUCAUUCACUUCACUAUAUCAGGAACUUAUGUUGCAGCUUUUAAGGCGGUGCUUGCUUGGAAUAGAACAAAUUAUUUCUGGCAUGGAGUUCAAUAACCGUGUAACUAUUUCUGAAAAUAAACCUCAAUCUGUUGCUCUUUUACUUUUCAUACAUAUUUUUUUUAUACAAAAGAUAACUAGUUGAGAAGCGUUUUUUUCUGCUGCUCACAGUUGCUGAUACAGAUACAUUACUUGAUUAGUUAUUGAUGUCCGGCAGUGAUUUAAGUGACCUUAGCAGGAAUGUCUUAAAUUCGUUCUUUUUACUUUAUUAUGAACUGGAACAUAUAACUAAAUCCUUUAAUUGACACUCCCCAAGGGAAGAGCCUAUUGGCCCACACUACCGUACAGAUGCGCAGAAAAAAAAAUCUGUUCCAGCGCCGCAGUUGCGUGACAAACAUCCUAUCAUGUAGCUAAUCGAGAUCAUACCUACGCCUCGGCAUGACAUAACUUGUAAAAAAAAAAAAAAAAAAAAUUAUAUAAAAAAAUUAUAAAACCAGCAACAUCUGCUUGGAGAACCUUUUCCUUGAACCCAUUAUGUUCUGUUUCACAGCAAAGGUUUACAUUUAUUUUUAAUAGUAUGCAUUUUUUUCCCUGCUCAUAGACAGCUGGCUUUUUCCACUAAAGCAGGGGUCUUAAACUAAAAUUAUCUGGGGGCCACUGGAGGUAGAGGCCCCUCACAUAUAUAAUGCCCCCAUCAUGCGCCCAUCACAUAUAUGAUGCCCCCAUCAUGCGCCCCUCACAUAUAUAAUGCCCCCAUAUAGAUAUGACCCCCAUCUGGUAGGGCUCCCCAGUAGGUACACAGGCCCCCAUCUGGUAGGGCGCCCCAGUAGGUACACAGUCCCCCAUAUAGAUAUGACCCCCCUUCUGGUAGGGCUCCCCAGUAGGUACACAGGCCCCCAUAUAGAUAUGACCCCCAUCUGGUAGGGCUCCCAAGUAGGUACAGAGGCCCCAGAUAGAUAUGAUCCCCAUCACUGAUGGGCGUCAUAUCUAUCUGGGGGCCUGUCUACCUACUGAGGAGCCCUACCUGGUGAUCAGGUAGGGGUUCCCAAUAGGUGUGCAUGCCCCCACAUAGAUAUUAUCCCCGGCAGGUAGAGCUCCUAUUUAAACAAUUAUCCCCCCUAAGAAGAUAGGUUAGCCCCUGGUGAUAAGCAGGUCCUCCCUUAUUAGGCAAGUUAAGUUUCACAGCUAGAGUACUUACAG